UGACGUACGCACCAUAUGGCGCGUGCCGGGAGGGUGGGGCCUCGAUAUGCUAAUUAACCCCCACCAUCACCACCAUACUGUGCGUUCUGAGUAUAAAAGCUGCAUCACUCCACACACACACCUCAGACAGCUCAGAGCAGAUCACGCACAGUCACGCACAGUCACGCACACAGAGCGCGCGGAAUGCCUGCGAUCUGACGGACAGCGCCUCAUCACAACAGAGAAUCAGCAUCAUGACCAGGUCUGUGCGGGAGGAGCCGGUGUCAGUGGAGUCGGAGGAUCAACAGGAGCUGCUCAGCCCCACGGAAGGAGAAUUAGAGCGAGGAGGAGCGGGAGGAGAGGAGGAGGAGAAUCAUUUCCACCGUCUGGAGGACGAAGAGGAAGAAGAAGAAGAGGAGGAAGAGGAGGAGGAGGAGGAUGGGGAGAGCAAACCCAAGAGGCGAGGGCCGAAGAAGAAGAAGAUGACGAAGGCUCGCAUGCAGAGGUUUAAAGUCCGUCGAAUGAAAGCCAACGCUCGGGAGAGGAAUCGCAUGCACGGGCUGAACGACGCUCUGGAGAGUCUGCGGAAAGUCGUCCCCUGUUACUCCAAAACCCAGAAACUGUCCAAGAUCGAGACGCUCCGCCUCGCUAAGAACUACAUCUGGGCCCUGAGCGAGAUCCUGCGCUCUGGCAAGGCGCCUGAUCUCAUGAGCUUCGUCCAGGCGCUCUGCAAAGGUCUGUCUCAGCCAACCACCAACCUGGUAGCAGGCUGCCUGCAGCUGAACCCUCGGACCUUCCUGCCUGAGCAGACGCCUGACCUGCCCACUCACCUUCCCCCUACCGGCGCCGCUGCCUAUCCUGGACACUUCUCCUACCAGAGCCCUGGGCUGACAGCCGGCCUGCCCAGCCCGCCCUACGGCACCAUGGAGCCCUCCCACAUCUUCCACCAGGUCAAAGGUCAGCCCUAUGGCCCGCUGGAGCCCUUCUUUGAUGGUGUCCUGGUGUCGGAUGGCCCAGCGUUUGACCCGCCCCUCAGCCCACCUCUCAGCAUCAACGGGAACUUCUCCUCAUCCUUCAAACACGAGGCCGUCACAGCCUCCGACUACGACAAGGGUUUCUCCUUUAGCGUGCACUACGGAGGGGGAGGAGGUGGGGGACACGUUGCCAUCUAUGGCGGUGGGGGGUCCAACCCCCGGUGCGGGGAACUGCAGGUGGACGGGCUGAUGGGCUUUGACGGACACUCACACCAUGAGCGGCUGAUGAAUGCCCAGCUGAACGCCAUCUUCCACGAUUCCUGAGGAAGAGGAGGACGAAGGACUGAGAGGCUGAUGGAGACAGAGAGACGGACAGAGAGACCGUUAUAUGGAGAG